AAAAACAGAGAAAGUUUCUUAGUCUGUGUAGCUUUAGUAAGCCGUGUUUUUAUAAUAAUUUAUUAUUAUUAUUUUAGUGUUUAGAUAGCUACAAGAUUGAGUGAUGAUAAUCGAUUUCAGAAUCCUCUAAAAUUAAAAGAGAAGCUCCAAGCUAACAACCUAAGCUAUUUAAAAUAAUGUAAAAUAAGUCUAUAUAUAUCGCUCUUAUGCAAGUGGCUUGGCUAGGGAAUAUACAAAACAAGUUGUUGGAGACAUUUGAGAAAAAUGAAGCUAUCUAUUACUUCUACUCUUCUUCUGGCACUUCUAUUGGUUGUCAACGUAGCUCAUGGAUGUAAUGACGACAGCGUGGGAGAGUAUUGGGGAAAGAAAGCAAUUGAAACCCUUUCAGGCAUAAAGUCGAACGAGGGACCCCAAUACUCCGGCGAGUAUUGGGGGAAGAAAGCAAUUGAAGCCCUAGUAGGCUUCAAGUCUAAUGAUGUACAAAAAUUUAAUUCUAUUGUGAAAGACUUUAAGUUUAAGCCUAAUCAGUGGCAAUACUUGGAUACGAAUCCUAAUUCGAAAAAUGGGGAAACAACAAGCGCGUAUUUUGUUAAAGAUUUUGUGCCUAAGCCUAACCAUGUUCUACAAUGGCACCAUGGCGCGGCUAGCCAUGAUGAUGAGGUAUCCACAACCAAGUAUUUUGUGAGAGAUUUCGAGCCUAAGGUUAACCAUGUUCUUCAAUGGCACCAUGGGGCGGCUAAUCCUACCAAGGAUGUUUGGCCAACAAUCAAAUCUGUUGUGACCGGGUUCGAGUUCAACUAGCUUAACCGGCUUAUGGUGUAGCAUGCUAGAUCAAGCCCCAUAGUUUAUCUAGUGGCAUAAGACUAAUCUGACUAUGAGUUAAGUAAGUGUCUAUUAAUAAAUAAAGGGGGUUUGUUGUUUCAAAUC